AUGUCUAAAGAACAUUCAAAGGAUGACUGUAACGCUAUUGGACGCUUAAUAAAGGAUUUAUGUAGCUGUACAGAAAACGCUGCCUGGUCACCCGAUAUGACUUCUGACAGAAAAGGACCUUUUCUAAAGAGUGAAUUAACUAAUAUGUCAGCCAUGCGCAGAAGAAUAAUGACUAUUGCGAAACGUAGAAACAAAAAUCCUGAGCCGCCAAAAUUAAGAUAUGAAUCUAGAAAAUCGAUAGAAAAUCUUACCUCACACCUAAUAAACGCAAAUUCCAGCUCAGAGGAUAGCACGCUAAAAAGAAACAUCGAUAAUUUCCUCAUAUCAAGACGCAUGAUUGCAUUCGAGGAAGACAUCUACGAAAAGCCGAUUCAGCACUCGAUAAAAAAUUCCUCAUGCGGAGAAAAUUGGUCACUAAGCAAAGCUUGGAAGAAUAACAAUAUCGAUUUCUUCAAUCAAUCCCCUUCCCUCGAUUCUAAUAGAUUAAUUGACCGGAACGUCUACUUGGAUCGGAUAGACGAGAUACCGACAAGGAAGAAGCGAGACAAAAAAUUUAAAGAGCAGGUACGGUACGAUAGAAAUAUCAAGCGUCAUCUUAGGAUCCGCGUGAUGUUGUCAUUGAGAAUGAGACGUUACGUAAAGAAACGGUUGAGGAAACAGAAGGUGCCGCCAACUUAUAACGUAGGCGUCCCUCCACGGAGGUUCCCCAGGGGGGCCUCAGUCACGUCGAGUUUCGGGACCAGGUCGUACAGGAGUGUCAUGACAGAUAAAACUGGGGACGGAGCUGUGCUCUUUGAUAUACAUGAAGCGAGAAACUCGACGAUGGAACUAUGUCACGAUUAUGAAGAAGAUCUCGACACGCUAGAUAUAGCAUUACGCGCCGGAAAUUUCAGGAGCGGUCGCCUAGCGGUGGAGGGCUGGUGGUGUGGUCGAACGAUGCCGCCCGGGGGGCGGACCAACAAUGGCGCCCUGGCGCUGCAUUACGCAGCCGCGAGGGGCUGCCUGGACUGCGUGAGAUUGCUCGCGAACACAACACCUGAUGUCUCCGCUAAUACGGCGAUGGACAAUGACGUCACGCCAGUUUACCUGGCAGCUCAAGAAGGUCACCUGGCAGUGUUGAAAUAUUUGGUGCUAGAGGCUGGCGGGCGAUUGGACGCGAGGGCUCGUGAUGGCAUGCAGCCCAUACACGCCGCAGCGCAGACCGGUUGUUUGGACUGCGUGAAAUGGAUGAUUGUCGAACGAGGCAUAGAUCCCAAUGCGAGAGAUGGAGAUGGUGCGACACCACUUCACUUUGCAGCGUCCAGGGGCCACUUAUCCACAGUGCGCUGGCUGCUUCGUCAUGGAGCCAGGCUUCACCUCGAUAGACACGGCAAAAGUCCAAUCAAUGACGCAGCUGAGAACCAUCACUUGGAGUGCCUGAAUGUGCUUGUGGCCGCUGGGGCAACGUGCGCAGACAACAAACAGCUCUCUACGUACAAAGCGAUCCACGCAUGCGCGUGCUCGCCUGGGGACGCAAGAUGCGCGCUACCUAAUUGCGUUAAUAGCAAUGGCGAUCGAUCCCCCUUCUUCCUGCACGCGCCCGAGCGCGAGAGACGCAUUUCUAUUCAAGAACGCCGGGGCUCCCUGCCUUCUACCGCGGGCUCCGUCGGCUCCAACCGAUCUGGACCAGCCGAUGGACUAUACGUGAACCCAAUGCAGAGAGGAACUUCUACUAGUAUUAUACACCAUACGUCUUCUGGGGAAGAAAGUUCAGCAGUAUGCUCGGCGUCUGAAGUGGAGACAUCGCAGUCUGGCGGGUGGUUCCUGCACGGGGGCGGCAGCUGCGGCGGCGGUGCGGCGCCCGCGGCGCUGUACCAGCGCGUGCGCGACCUGUUCCAGGCGCGCUCACCCGGCCCCAGGGCGCCCGCCGAGGGUCAGGAGGCGCCCACCAUGACUGUGAAAGCGGAGGUGCACGGCGCGGAGCAGUCGGACAGCGACAGCGGCGCGGAGGCGGCGCGGCGCGACCACCACUACGAGGACAUCUGCCUGCCCGCCGACCAGCCGCGGAAGAGGAGCAGUUCGCGUGAUUCUGGAAGUCACAGCAGGCCGGGUAGUGCCGCGCUUAUCAUCGACUACGCAACUAAAGAAAACAAUGACAGUUGCAACAAAGCAUACGAAGAAGUCUCACCGCCACCAGAUAACCAGACCAAGUCCACAAUUGCUACCAAAUUAGCUGCGCUCACCCACAAGGCACAGAACUUUGCCAGCCGCAUCUCAUCGGCGGCGGGCAGCCGACGCGCGUCUGUUUCGGACGAGGUGGUGACCACACCGGCGUCUGCCUCUUCUGGCGUGUCAUCGGGCGGCAGCUCCUGCGACGAGGCACCACCACCGCCGCCCCCACCACCCGCACCACCCGCACCACCCGCGCCGCCGCCCGCCGUGCUCGAGGAGCCCGCGCUCAGACCCUCUGAGCUGCGCGGCAGGCUAGCGGGGCGGCGUGGAUCCACGGCGUCCGCAGACGACGAGCGACCGCGCGGGCCCAACCUCGUCAACAAACAGCCCGCCCUGCCUUUCGUGCCGCCGGCGUUCCCUCACAACGCGCCCGACCGCCUCAUCAAACCUUCGGAAUAUUUGAAAACAAUCACGGCGCCUUGCAAGAGGGACGACACCGCGGCGGAGGCCAGACCUCCGCCGCCGCCGCCCGUCCCCAACGAGAACAUCCCUCCGCCGCCGCCGCAGCCACCCGCGAUCAUGCACCAGCCUCUAGGCGCUAUAAGCAGCGCCGAAAUAACAGCUGUUCGACUCAGGACACCAGCCACGAAGACCCUUUCCGCGCCACCUCCGACCCGAUCCGUCAGUCUACAAUGCCUGCCGAGCGCCGCGGAAAGUUACAGAAGCGCGAAAACGGACCUUAUCGAGGAACUAAAAAUGUCCAAAGACAUAACGGGCAUAAAAAAGUUGAAAGUCGAACGCGCCAGACGGGAAAGCCUACAGGAUAAGGAAACCUUCACUGAAUUCACAAAGCGGUUUACGGCGGACAAUUUCGUCGAUCAGGUAAGUAAAGUCAAAAAUAUAAACAUUCAAAUUAAGAACGUCGCACAAUUGAAACUUUAA